AUGAUAAACACAAGUUCGUCAUCAUCAAAUGAAGAAGAUGCACCACUACUUGCAGGCCAAAAGAAAAAUCAUGAUUUUAUUAAGAAAGUGUCUCCCUGGUACAUUAUUUUACCUCUGUUUGUCUUGACAUUUUGUUUUAGUGCAUUGUAUGCUCCGAUAAUCCAAUUCUAUAGUGUUGUAUUCUGUUAUAGAUAUUACCAACAACAACUAGGUAAUAUUGAUAUUGAUAUACCCUUUGAGAAAUGUACAAUCCCCGAAGUUCAGGCUGUUGUAUCCAAGGCUCAAGCUAUUAUUGUAUUAUUAGGUUAUGGCUCAACUAUGCUAUUUGCUGAUUAUUAUGGCACCUUAUCAGAUCGAAAAGGAAGACGCCUAGUUUUUAUUAUAUCUGGGUUUGGAAAUGCUAUUUUAAUACUUAGCUACAUUGUGACUAUUAAGUACACUAAUAUCUUUGGUGUUUCGUUACUUUUCAUUGCACCUGUUAUGCGAGGUAUCUUAGCUGGCGAUGCUGUCUUGUUUGCAACAGCUCAUGCUUAUAUUUCAGAUUGCACAACUCCACUAGAGAGGACAACUCUAUUCGGCAAUAUGAUGGGUGUUGUGUUUUUAGGUGCUACUUUAGGCCCCUCUGCUGCUUCAUUUAUAAUGAAAGAAACAAACUCUAUUACAACUAUUCUUUUAUUGGUAUUGAUUGCCAAUAUAGCUUUUAUAUUAUAUACCUGGUUGUUUUUACCCGAGUCAAAUCGUAACUGUGGUAAUGAAACAUCUGUCACUCAUAAAGAACAACAAACACUAUUACAACGACUCAAUAUUUUUUCAGUACUGAGUAUAUUUUAUAAAACAUCUUCAAAAAACACAAAGGGGUUUACGUUGCCUAUCAUUGCAUGUAUAGAUUUUUUGUAUAAUAUUGUUGCAUUACCACCAGCUAUUCUUUAUGCUAUGCUUAGUUUUGGAUGGACUGCAUAUGAAGGCGGCAUCUAUGUGAGUUUAACGUCAUUUACAAGAUUAAUAAGCAUGCUGUUAGUAUUACCUUUACUUUCUAAAUUUUUCAAAGCGGAAAAGACGACGGAAGGGCAAGAAGAUGAAAGAACAAAAUUAAGACCAAAGAAUUCAAAUUCCUCUUCUUUUAUACUUUAUGUUGAAGAAGCUUCAUCUUUUCAUACUGAAGGGGAACAACAAGAAAAUGAUGAUAAUGAAACAAAAUAUGAAGAAUUGAGUGAUGAAGUUUCUGAUAAUUCCAUUCGAUUUGAUUCGUGGCUAAUUUGCACUGGCUUAAUCAUUGAUACUAUUUGCUUAGUCCUUUACGCUCUUGCCCAAAAUACUUCAACAUUUAUGAUGGCUGGUGCCCUUCAAAGUUUUGCUUUGCUUACUUCACCUUCACUUCGAUCAAUCAUGACCAGGCUAGUUCCUCGUUCUGAAGUGGGUAGAUUAUUUGGUGCUCUAGCUAUUUUAGAAAGUCUCUCAGGUAAAUUUUAUAUGUGUAUUUAUAUAUGUAUAUAA